AACAUUCAUAGGACCAUGAAUGCGCAACAUUUGAUGACCCUCUUGUUUGUGAUGUGUACGUUUGCUUCGGGUCAGGGCAGCUUCUUCAAAAAUGAGACUGACCUGGUUGACGCUAUGGUAAGAUCUGUGAUGGGAUGCAAGAACAUUCCAGGAAUGAGUGUGUCGAUGGUUCGGGGAGGAGAUUUUUUCGCUAAGGGUUAUGGUCACGCUCGCUUGGAUCCGCCUCUCAAUUGGACCUCCCAGACUCCGGCCUACCUUGGAUCCGUUGGGAAAGCCAUUACUUCAGCCUUAUUGGGAAUUCUAAUGACCGAAACCAAGAAUACAUCAAACAGCUUUGAUUGGAACACCAAGCUCGCCAGCAUAUUUGGGGGCGACUUUAGAUUGACCGAUACAUGCAGGCGAUCUGAGAUGACGAUCAAAGACCUGUUGAGCCAUCGGACUGGACUCAGCGAUUCUGACGUGUACACUGAUGAGCAGAGAAUCGGUAGCGCAGAAUUCCUCAAGAGGCUUCAGUAUUUGCCGACUCUCUCUCCAUUUCGUGAGUCGUGGAUAUACAACAAUCUUCUUUACGCCGUAGCAGGCCAUGUCGCACAAGUGAAAACUGGCCAACCAUAUGAAAAUCUUGUAAACAGUAAAAUCUUGGCUGCUUUAGGGAUGAGUCAGGCGUCUUGUGGAACGGAAAUAUACCCAACAAGCUCCCAGACCAACUACGCACUUCCGUAUCAUUUAAAAAACGGGAAGUUGGUGGUUGGAGAUUCUCGUAUAUACCAGAUUGGGGACGUAGCACCCGCCGGUUGUUUAAUUGCUUCAGCAGAGGAUCUCGGGAAAUGGGUCCAAUUCAUGGCUUCCGGUGGCAAGACAGCGAACCAGGUACAACUGAUCCAUCCGGAUCUGUUCAAAGAGAUCACCAAAUCUCAGAUGCUGCUCGAUGAUUGGUCAGUUAGCAGGUUUAGUUUGGAUAGUGAUUACCCCGUCAGUGCCUCUGGCACCUGGUACGGUCUGGGCUGGUAUGGCGGAGACUACAGGGGUCACAAACGGCUUUUACAUCCGGGAAGUUGGUACGGAUAUGCCGCGGUCGUUGGAUUUUUCCCGGAUAAAAAUGCAGGGUUUUCUAUCUCCAUUAACGGUCCGUGGUACAAUAAUUACCGUACCUAUCUGGCACCCCUCUCCUACGUCCUGUCCGACAUCAUUCUCGGAGAAAACCAAUGGCUGGAUAACAACACUAUCUGCAGUUUUCCUGCUCCAUGGAAGAACCCGACGUCUACUUCGUCUUCAAACACGACUCAGCCACCUGUUGGUUCCAUGCCGAUCGAAUCAGGAAAGUAUGUUGGGACUUACGGAAGCCGUGUUUUCGGAUCAAUGACCAUUGGGCAAAUAAGGGACCGGAUCCUUACCUUCCGAAUGAAUAAUGCCGGAAUCGGCAAUCUUUCCACUAUAUCACGGCCUGACGGCACAUUCCGGAUGAUCUUCAAUGAACUCUUGAAUGACGUCGUGGGUUCAGAUUGUAGUUUACGGUUUGGGGGGUUCGAUGGUAAAAAGUACGGUUCGGUAAAGGUGGCGUACGAGUGCUUUUAUACAGUUUACGAGUACCACAGGGGAGUAAAUUACGUAGAAUUAGAAGACAAACUAUCUGCAGCGGCACCACUGUCAAAAUGGUCGGCUAUUAUUUUCUGUAUGUUUGUCGCACUUCCGGUCAUGCGCAGUUGAGAACUUGGCUGAUACUGGAAUGAUCAUUCAUCGGAUGACAAAUCUCAUUAUUUUUUUUCUCAUUUAUUGUUUUAAAAGAAUAAAGAAAAAGACAGUUAUAUAUAAGCCAUUUGAUAUGCAUCUUCUAAUGAGUACUUAAGAUAAUAGCGAGGAACACUCAGAACCCAGGAUUUUUCAGGAACCAAAUCUAAAUAUUAACAUUUGCAAAUAUGUAUUCUUGUACAUGUAUAACCCUUCUUUA